ACGUUGGCGAUCCUGCAUGCAUGUACAUACACUCGUAUAAACAUGUGGUAUUUCUAAAAGAAUUGAUAGGUUAGAAGCGCGAUUUUCUCUUUUCGUGUUCUCUUGGACGUUAAGAAUUUUAAUAAAAAGUCUUACAAAAUGAAGAUUAAAACUUUGCGAAAGAAUCCUUUGAGCCGCCCCAGAAAUAAAAAUGACGUAGCGGACGAUCAACCGAGUACUUCGACUGAGAAAACUGCGGAAGUUUUGCUGCCGUCUAACAGCAACUUCAAUCACAUCAAAUGUAAAGCACUGAGAUAUCAAAAAUGUCAGGAAUUGAUGAAGGAAAGAGCAAAGGCGAAGAAGGCGGCGAAAAAAGCAAGGAUACAGGAAGAUGCUCCGAAACAGGUGCCACAUACUAUAGAGAGUCUGCGAGAGAAGGAUGAAACUAUGAUAGUAGGUGAUCUGGAUGAUGAGACGAAUGAGGAACUCAAAGUUGAGUGUGAGCACGAUGAAUUCGCUGCCUACUAUAGGCAGGAGUAUGAACCCAAGGUCCUCAUUACAUAUGCCGAUAAUCCAAACAGGAAAACGAGAAUUUUUGGCAGAGAACUCACAAGAAUAAUUCCUAAUUCUAUCUCUCUGUAUAGAAAUCGUUCUGGCGUUAAGAAGAUGGUCAAGAGUGCUACUGCCAGAAAUUUUACAGAUAUAAUAAUUGUUAAUGAAGAUCAAUGUAAACCAAAUGGUAUGUUGAUCAUUCACUUACCUGAUGGCCCUACAGCACAUUUUAAGCUCAGUAAUGUAAAAAUAACAACAGAUUUGAAGCGUAGUCAUAAAGAGAUUACCGAACACCGACCUGAAGUUAUUCUCAAUAACUUUACCACACGCUUAGGUUUUACCAUUGGCAGAAUGCUGGGAGCAUUGUUUCAUUAUCAGCCACAAUUUAAAGGAAGAAGAGCAGUAACAUUUCACAAUCAAAGAGAUUAUAUAUUUUUCAGACAUCACAGAUAUGAAUUCAAUCUCAAAACUGGAAAACCAAGAUUACGAGAAUUAGGUCCACGGUUCACUCUGAAAUUAAGAUCACUGCAGCAUGGAACAUUCGAUAGUAAAUAUGGAGAUUACGAGUGGGUCAUAGAGGGUCGUAGACACGCCAUGGAAACAAGCAGAAGAAAAUUCUUUUUGUGAAUUUUACAUAUUAAAA